CACUAGUCCGAGCACAGAGUUCUAACCUGUCACGGCACGUUCCUAUUUUCUUCUAUCUAUUUCACCUUUUAACUAAUACUAAUAUUCAACACACUAUACACACAUGGAUAGAUAGAUAGAUAGAUAGAUAGAUUUGAGACAGACACACCUAAAUAAGUUCAGGGAUCUAUUCCUUCUUUCUACUUUUCUUUUUCUUUUUUAUUUCUUUCUUUCUUUUUAUCUACCAAACACCUUCCCUUUUUCUCAUCCCCCUCCCCACUACCAAAUCCCUAUCCUAUCUAUCUGUCUAUCUCACUUCUAUUUGUCUAUCCUUUACUGGCAGCCAAUCGUUUCUUUUUCGCACGCGCGUGUUAGGCCGGUUUAGGAGGGUGCUUUGAUUAAAACAGCUACCAGCAGCACUAAACUGCUGCUGUUGUUGCUGUUGGUGCUGAUUCUGGUUCUGGUUCUGGUGCUGGUGCUAUUAACGAUUAGAUCAAGCCGGUCUGUCUAUCUGUCUAUCGGUCGUCCACUCAUUCUCUCAUACUCUCAUUCCCCAUCUACGUGAUUACCGAUACACACACUUAACUGAAACGUACCUAACCGGUAUGGUAUCUGACAAAUGUGAUUAGUUGGUUAACCAGUUGGUUGGUUUGGCCAGUGUAUAGAAGAAUUUUUCAUGUUGGAUCUAUGAAAGUAAUACGUUUGUUUUGGUUUGGUUUUUUGUUGGAUUCAAUUUUUAUUUUCCACUGAACAUGUUAUAUAUUCGCGUUUGAUUCUUUGCAACGAGGGGACAUUAAUUGUGGUGAAUAAUACUUUGAAGGUUCUUUUUUUUGUUUUAAAAUCGAUCAAUGUGAUCGUUGUUUUUUUUCUGUAAUCGUCAUUCGUUUUUUGUCAGGAGAAAAAAUAUGAUUGGGUUUUUUUCGUUGAUUUGAUACGAGUGUUGAUUUCGCGUCGCGAAUUGAAAAUCUAUUAUUUAUUAUUAUUUGUAAAAGAAAAAAGGGGGUAAAUUUGUUGUCGAUUGAAACGAGGUAUACAAAAUAUGGAUAAACAAUAUGAAAAUACAAUUCAGAAAAUAAUUUUGUUCGAGUGUUAAGUUAUAUAUUUGAAAAUAUGUUUCGAAAGAGAAAAAUUGUCACGUGUUCUAAAAACGAACGCUGAUGAUAACAAGCUAAACCGCUACGUUCUUUCUGAUAAUCUUACACGUAUGCACACACACAUACACACAUAUACACACAUGCACACGUAGAAAUAUUUUCCUAGCCUUGUGAUCAACGUGUUGAUAGUGGUUAUCUCAAUGCGGUGUUAAAGAACCACGAGUUUAAUGUUUGCUUUAUUCUCGUCGUUGAUCGUUAACGCUCAAUGACCGUUUUCACUUUAUAUUUAUAAUAGUAUUAAAUUUCUAAAAUACGUGUUGAUCAAAUAAAAAUAGAACCUGUUAAUGAAGAAGAAGAAGAAGAAGAGGAACGGGAGAAAGAGGAAGAGGAAAAAGAAUUUUCGAAUUAAUUUGACGAAACGUCGGUGUGUACACAGGAGAGAGGUAUUACUUUUUAAUUAACAAUAAAGUACGAGUGAAACGAAACUAAAAAAAAAAAAAAAAAAAAAAAAAAAAAAAAUACCCUCCUGCUGGACAAUCGCGACGAACAAACACAGUGUAUCAAAGACAAAGUUAAGUGAGAUCUAUAUAUAUAAAAAAAAAAUAAAAAAAAAAAUAAACUCUAACACGUUCGAUCGAAUUAAACGAAUACGAGUGAAAUAAGAUACCAACGCUGGUGGGACGUAUCUCAAUUGACUAGAAUUGAACGAUUUAAUUUGUCCGAUGUAUUUGAUUUAAAGAAAAGAAAGAAAGAAAGAAAGAAAAAAAACAAGAAGAAGAAAUUUCAAAAGUGAUUAAUCGGUAUGAAAAAUCGUCGAAGAAGAUUAAAAAAGCAGAGAGAUUUAUCGGUGAGAUGUUUGCUGGACGACGAUUAGGGUUGAAAUCGUAACGAUCAGCUGGUGUGUACUUCGUAGUGGUGGUUGGAGGAGUGUUGGAAAGUGAGGAAAGAAGAGGAGGAAAAGGAAAAGGAAGAGGAAGAGGAGAAGGAGAAGGAGGAGAAGGAGGUGGAGGUGGUGGUGGAGGAGGAGGAGGAGGAAGCUGAGGGUAGGUAGGUAUCAGGGAAGAGACUUAGGAUGGGCUGCAGAUCGGCAGCUAAGUUCACGGUGGAGGAAGGGUGCGAUCGAGGGCAGCUCGAGACGACGACCUCGUCGUCGGUGAGGUGCACCGAGGUCAUUGACCUCUUCAACACUGAGCAGGCUAAACGCCUGCUGCUUAGGCAGCUUGGCGAAAAGCGUGUCAGUGAAGAAGAAGAAGAAGGGCAGGAGGAGGUGGAAGGGAAAAGGAUAAGGACGAGACCAAACCAAGAACAACACCCUCAUCCCCACCACCAAAACUACCACCGCCACCAUAAGGAAGACCACCGAGAAAAAGAAGAAGAAGAAGAAGAAGGAAAAAGUUAUUGGUCGGAUUCGAUCAAAUUGUUACCAUACGAAUUAAGAACUAAACUGGAGGAGGAAUUAUCCUCAUUGGGGAGAUAGCUGCCAAGUGAUAAUGCAGAGAUUUCGUUCGACCUUCAAAAGGUCGCGCACACCUACGGGCGCAGAAAUGAAAUCGCAAUCGAGCCUGGAAGUGCCGAAACAGGUGAGAUCGGCUUCCUUCGACGAGAUCCAAUUGGAAGCUCAACGUCAAGAGGAUUCUUCUUGUUCGACAAAUGUCGGGGGCGGGGGUGGUGGUGCCUGUUCCCCGGCAUACGGGGAAGCAUCGAGAUCACCGAGAAAUACUUCGUCCUCUUCUUCGUCCUGUUCACCAGCGCGAUCGCAGGAUUCAUCGGGAAGGGGAAGAAGAUUUUCUACGUUGAGAGUACCCCCAUUGCAAACCGGUCAACGUUCCAAGAGCUUCGACGUUUACGAAAGGAACGUUGGUUUGCCACCGUCCCAAAGGUCAUUGGGUGCAAUUCGAAGGGUGAACACUCCCCCGACUAUACAGGUUUCCGGUUGUUAUCAUUGUGCUUGCGUCGAGGAAUACAAAAGUCUCUUUCUUAGCAGAGAUGACGAUGAAACUACUACUACUACUGCUACGACAACAGCUUCCUCGUCUAGGGACGACGAUUACGAUUAUUCUGACAACGAUGACAACGACGACGAGGAUGAGGAUGAGGAUGACGAAGACGAUGACAUCGAGGAUGACGUCGAGGAUGUUCCCGACGAGGAACAAGACGAACAAUAUCUUCCAACCGACGAUGAACUUGAUUUCAAAUUGGAAUCGAAACGUGACGGUAGUCCCGAGAUCAGAGUUACUUUUACCGCAUGUUGUACCACAGAUAAAUCUGAUUCAAUAUUACCGUCAUCAUCUCCGUCAUCGUCUACCAUAAUUACAAACGAGUUAAUCCUUAAUCCUUCUGCGAGUAAUACCAUUGCUAGUAGCAGCAUAAACACCAGUAGCAGUAGCAGCAUAUCCGAAUUGAAGCCUGAACUUUGUCCCGAUUUACCUCGCAGAAGGUCAAUCGCAUUUCCAAAAUUGUCACGGCAAGAGGCAUUGACUUCUUGUCCCCCCGAUUUACCCUCGUCCCCGUCAGGUUCUCGCGAGGACGACGAUGAAAUCGAAAAAGAAUCGGAUCAGAAUAAUAUCGAGGAUCAUAGGAAGAAAUCAUUGAUUGUCGUUGAUAAUAAUGGUGCCAAAGAUAAACUCGUAGUAAGAGAAAUAUUUCUAACCGUGCCUGAACUUAAAAGGGAUCGUGCCGCAUCCGUAGAUUCAUGUUUUAACAAUAAUAAAAAUAACAACAGCGAGGAUUGUCAUUCGCUUGAUGUACCCCAACAAAACAUCAGAUCGAAGAGCGUUGACAUCGUUCUACCAACUGAAGUACAAACUCGGUACACUGCUUUGCUACCUGGAAACGAGCCUAGACCUACAAGAGGAGGAAGAGAAGAGGGUGCCUCGAGUGGUGGUCAACGUGAGCUACGAUCAACCCCUGAUUGGGGUGGUAGUGCAUUCAAUGGUGAACAUUUUUGGGUACCUACUGCUGCCUCUGGUGACUUUUGUUACGUCAACGAUUGCUCGAAACAUGGACAACGGAUGAAGUGUUCGGCCUGUCGGGUAGUCGUCCACGCGGUAUGCGCACCGAGUUUAAAUUUUGGCUGCAAGACGAGUUUUCGCGACGUUGGGGUUAGACAAUAUCGCGAACAAACUACGACGAAUCAUCAUUGGGUGCACAGACGUUCGCAAAAAGGCAAAUGCGCCAAUUGCAGUAAGAGCUUUCAAUCUAAAUUGAGUUUUACCUCUAAGGAAAUAGUCGCGGUUAACUGUAGUUGGUGCAAAGCCGCUUAUCACAACAAGGAAGCAUGCUUCAACGUAGACAAGAUCGGUGAGAAUUGCGAAUUGGGUUCGCAUUCUUCAAUCAUUGUUCCGCCAUCUUGGAUCGUUAAAUUACCAAGAAGGGGAAGUUUCAAAAGUAGUUUGAGAAAGUCACCGAAAAGAAGGAAAAGUGGUACAGGUCCGUCUACUUCAUCGACGACUCGUAGAAAAUCCAGAGACAAGGAAAAGGAAAAGGAACAACAACAGCAACAACAGAAGGAAGAUCAAAGCAAAUUUUGGGUAGUCAAACCAAUUCCAACGGCAACCGUUAGGCCAGUUCUAGUUUUCAUCAAUCCAAAAUCAGGAGGAAAUCAGGGUGCCAAAUUGUUGCAGAAAUUUCAAUGGUUAUUAAAUCCACGACAGGUUUUUGAUCUGACUCAAGGUGGACCAAGAAUGGGAUUGGAAUUAUUUAAGAGAGUACCAAAUUUACGAGUAUUAGCCUGCGGGGGUGACGGUACGGUCGGUUGGGUUCUCUCAGUAUUGGAUCAAAUUGGUGCACCCUCGCCACCUGCAGUGGGUGUUCUUCCACUUGGUACAGGAAACGAUUUGGCACGGGCACUUGGUUGGGGUGGUGGUUACACGGACGAACCAAUCGGCAAAAUAUUAACCAGCAUCGGGGAAAGUGAGACCACUUUAUUGGACAGAUGGCAAUUGGUUGUAGAAAGGAAUCCGGAUAUUCAGAACGACGAUGAAAGUGGAAAGGCAAAAGAAAAUCUUCCAUUGAACGUUGUCAAUAAUUAUUUUUCCCUUGGCGUUGACGCCCACAUUGCGUUAGAAUUUCACGAGGCACGAGAGGCACACCCAGAGAAAUUCAAUUCGAGAUUGAGAAACAAAAUGUUUUACGGACAAAUGGGUGGUAAAGAUUUGGUCAGAAGAAAAUGGAAGGAUUUGUCGGAAUUUGUGAGCUUGGAAUGCGACGGUCAAGAUUUAACGUCGAAGUUGAAGGAACACCGUGUACACGCAAUAGUAUUUUUGAAUAUCGCAUCUUAUGGUGGUGGAACCCAUCCAUGGUGUGCCGGUAGUACAACGAAGGAACCUUCCACCGAAGAUGGUUUGAUCGAAAUAGUUGGUCUAACGACUUAUCAAUUACCAUUAUUGCAAGCUGGUGGUCAUGGUACUUGCAUUGCACAAUGCAGCAAAGCCAAGCUCGUUACUACGAGGACCAUUCCGAUGCAGGUCGACGGAGAAGCUUGUAGAUUAUUACCAUCGAUCAUAAAUAUGAGUCUGUUAAACAAAGCAACGAUGCUUGCUAAAAGAAGAAACACUGGCCAAUCGCAACCCGACGUGGCCAAAUUGGAGAGACUCAAUUUACCCGUGAUGAGGAUCAAAAUGUCAGAUUACGAAACAUAUUAUCACGACAAGGAUAGAUUAAAAAAGGCAGCUAAGUUGUUGAUACCCGAACCAUUGGAUUUGGAUGCCACCACUGAUUUGGUAUCAUUGAGAAAUAUUUUAGCGAAGAAUUAUAACAUGGAUACGUGUUGUUUCUUAGAUUCCUGCACAGCCGAAAGAUUCUUUAGGAUCGAUCGUGCCCAAGAACAAUUGCAUUACGUUACCGACGUUGCAGCCGAAGUUGUUUACAUUCUUGAAGAAAGUAGUCCUGGUCAAGGUGUGCCAACUGUAGAUACCGAAAUAACAAGAGCUUGUCAGGAACCCGAGACGGCUCAUCCUUCGCCUAGCGAAGAACGUCCAAGAGAAAAGCCAGCCAUGACAAAAGCAGGCCCCCCAUCAACGAGUGAUCAACCCUCGGCAAAACGAGAAGAAGAAACAAAUCAUCUGCCGAAAAUUCAACGAGAAUCAGAACUUCCCAAUUCGAUUAAAGUUCAACAAGAUAAUGAACAACCAACUGGUCAGCAACAACAACAACAACAACAAGUAUCUUCGAUCAAUGCCGAAGCCAAUUCUCAAUCUGAAAGUGAACAACUGUCAUCAUCACCACCACCACCACCACCACCAGCAGCAACAGCAAGUGUUAACACUUGUAACUUGGGCAAAGAGGUGGACAACCAAUCGCAGAAAUCUGUUAAUGUAGGAACACGUAAGAAGACCAAGGAAGAAAUAAAAGAAAAUGGCGACGAGAGGAAACAAACAACUUCUAAACAUGAUGGUAACUCGUCGAAAUCAAUUACAGAAUCCAACGUAAAUAGAUCAUCAGCUGAUCAAACUUCCCAUACAUUUAUCAGUCCAAGGGAUAGACUUUUCGGGUUGAGUUCCGAGGUUCAUACUUUCAGUACCGGUCUACUUGAGAAGACCUCGGAUGGGAUUUUGAAGGCAGCUAAAAUCGGUGAUUUGUCUGCCCUAAAGGAACUACAUAACAAAGGAUAUUCACUUUUAUCAAUCGACACUACUGGACAAACUGCUUUGCAUUUGGCUUCGAGAUAUGGUCAUAAGAAUAUCGUCAGAUAUCUUAUUGCCAGUGCACCCCCAACGAUUCUUGACAUUGCUGACAACGACAAGGGUCAAACGGCUUUGCACAAAGCAGCGCAAUACAAGAAACGUUCGAUUUGUUGUAUGCUAGUAGCAGGUGGUGCAAAUUUAACGGUGAAGGAUAGACACGGUCAAACACCUAGGCAAUUAGCUUUGUUAGCUGAGGAUCGUGAACUUGCAGCAUACUUGCAAAGUCAGGAACAGUUCCAGCUGGCUGUGGAGGAAUAAUAAUCAAUAAUUCCAAUGAUUUAUAAAAUCCUGUGGAUCCUACUUCAGGAUUAUUUGGGGACCGACUAAUGUUAGUUUAAUAAUCUCGAUCUAUCACGUAAAGAAAAGAAAA